UCCCGUUCGAAAUGGGUUUUCAGCUUCGUCGCUGCUUUGUUUACCAGUGUCACGAGAGAUGGCACGGUUGAAGUGAAAUUUCUUCCGUGAAGGUUGUGAAUAACCAGUGAUUGUGCGAUAGUUUUCUUUCGGCCGUGCAAGUUGGAGCAGUGCUUUUACACGACGCUGGAUGUUAUGCAACGCAUGAAGGAAAAAAUACAGUUAUAAUUGAUAAUUUUAACCUAGAAAAUAAUCUGCUGGGUAAAUCUGCGAAGGAUUGACUGCUUCGAUGGGGAUGUGAGCCGAUACGUGGCCCGGUUGUCAGAAGAGGGGGCUCCAUCGAUGGGAUCAUUUUAGAUGACCGUUAAAAAUAGAUGAGAAUGAUUCUUGAUACAGCAUCGGUAUUGUGUUUGGUGCUGUUUUUUUUUUUUUCAUGUAGCGAGAAGAACUAUCUUUACUCUCAAUGUUUGUAAAUAUUGUCUCACAAAAAAUGGUUCAAGUUCAACCAUUCAACUUCGUGACAGUUUUUUUCUGUCUGGGGCAGACUGCUGGUGUUCUGCGUCACGCUGUCGAAAAUAGCUGUCGUUUGCUUGUCGCAGGAAAACAAUUUAAGUGAUUUCGCAGCGUGCUAAUUGCUCGAGCCGUUGCGUUACAAGGGAACUAGUUUAAAUUACUUUGGCGAUAUACGCAUUUCACAGAAAUAGAUUGUUUUGCAAUCAUCCAUUAGGGAUCGAUUCGUAUGAGAUAUUGGUACAAAAAAAACGAGGGAUUUAGAAUACUAUUGGUUCUUUUUAUUUCAAUACUAUAAUUUUUUUAACAUAUAUUAGAGCCCGGAAUCCAGCUCCGUUCAGUGUAGUAGUGUUUUGUUUAUUAAUCUGAAGAAAAGAAAAGAAGAAGAAGAAUGAGUGAAACCAGUGAUGCCAAUGUUCCCGAAUCUAACAGUACCAAUGAGAAAGGUGCUGAGCCAAAAUCUUCCGGUAUUCAGCCGCCUAAAGUUCGCUCGAUUCCGAAACCGUCCGGUAUCAAGCCACCUGCGAUGACGCUUAGCACGUCCAAUACAUCGCUGGCCAGUAUUGGUUCCAGCAUUGUCGCUCCUGCCAGCCGUAUCGGACGUCCCUGUCAGGGACAUAUCGCACCGAAAGCCGGGCUGCCACCACCAGAACCUAAAAACGGUUCUUCAGACACAUCUAGUAUUCCGGGCAGGAUGAGACGACCAAGCGACAGCGACUACAGCAAGUCGCACUUGCCAGACGUUGACGAAGAAAGCGAAACCGAUCUGGUGAUCGAACGAAAAUCGAGAUGCUCGAAAUCACCGGACUCUGGAUUCCGGAGCAACCGGACCUCUCAGGACCGCAAGACGUCAAGCACUUCUACCGGUUCGGAUCUCUACUGGGAAGCAACCGGACGACGCAGAAGCUCAGAUCAAGGUAUUGCCCUGACAACCGAUACGGACAGCUUCAUCAUCGGGCAGCGAGUUUGGGUCGGUGGCCUUCGACCGGGACAGAUUGCGUUCAUCGGCGAGACACACUUCGCACCCGGUGACUGGGCCGGUGUGGUAUUGGAUGAACCCAACGGAAAGAACGAUGGGUCGGUGGCUGGCAAACGGUACUUCCAGUGUGAACCCAAGAAGGGUGUGUUCUCCCGGCUGACACGACUGACACGCGAACCGAUGUCCGGUGCUAGCGGCGGUUCCAGUGCCGGUGAUACGUCGAUGGAUCAAAGCUUGAGGUCUCUGACUUCACCGUCACGAUCCGGAGCGGUAUCACCGACGCACAGUGUGUCCAGUUUCGCUUCCAAGUCACCGGCAAUGGGCAAAGCAGCAACUUUGGCAGUUGGCGAUCGUGUCAUUGUAUCUUCCGGAUUUGGUUCUCGCCCUGGCAUCUUGAAGUAUCUCGGAGAAACCCAGUUUGCAAAUGGCACCUGGUGUGGUAUUCAGUUGGACGAAGCCAGUGGCAAAAAUGAUGGAUCCGUUGAUGGAGUCAAAUACUUUGAUUGCCCGGACAAAUGUGGCAUCUUUGUUCCGAUUGCCAAGGUCACACUGUCGCCAUCAUCACGAAAAACGCGUCUGUCCCGGUCUGGCUCCAAGGAAUCGUUGACAUCCGUCGGAACAAUGAGCUCUAUUGCCACUACGGCCACAUCCAGACUUCGUAUGAGUGCACAGAGAAAAUCAUCGGUCAACGCAGUGCCUUCAACGCCGAAAGCUUCAUUCUCGCUCCAGGAUGUCCUUCGGGAGAAGCAGAACCACAUCGAGCAGUUGAUGCGGGAGCGGGAAAUCGAUCGGGAGGAGGGCGCCAACCAGACCAUCACGUACCAGAAAAAUAUUCAACAGCUAAAGGAGAAAAUCAUCAAGCUAGAAGGGCAGCUGACCGAGGAGAAGCGCCGCUGCGAGGAUCUUCAGUUCAGUGUAGAUGAGGUCACUUUCUGUGGGGAUGAACUGAACUAUCCGCAGGGCAAAAUUCGAAAUUCGGUUCAUGCUCAGACACAGAUCUACAAGGAACGAAUAGCGGAACUCGAGAGAAAACUAAGCGAACAGUCUACUGUUCAAACUGAACAAGAUCUUGCGAGUAAAGAUUCAGCACCAACAGCUGAAUUGAACCUCGAGAUCGAUAAACUGAAGGCAGAAAUUCUCCAGCGUGAUCAGAAGUUGCACCUUACGGAAGAACUGAAAAGUUCACUGGAAAAUGAAAUCUCCAAGCUGCACGAACGGUUGGCGGAAAUGGAGAAGAACCUGGACAUCAAGGUGUCCAGCUACAAUAUCAGCGAGCAGUGCCUCAAGGAAAAGAUUGCCUACCUGGAGGAGCGGAUCGAGGAGAUGGGUGUUGAGUUGACGGGUAAGGAUGCGGAGCUUGAGAAGCAGUACCUGGAGCUGAAGAAUGCCGAGGGACAGUUGGAUGUCGAAGUUGGUCACUUGCAGGAUGACCUGAGAAACAAAGAGGAAUUGCUAGGGGAGAAAGAUAAACAGAUUGCUAAGCUGUCCGGUGAGGUUGCGGCGCUGUUGAAUGAUAUCAGACAACGGGACGUGAAAUUGCUGGAAGGGGAAAGCGGCCUAAAGGCGAUACUGGAUGAGAAGGACGGUAUGCUUGGAAAGCUCCGAAAGGAUUUGGAGGAAUUGUCGACCAAGGAAGGUGCUCUUCGAAGUGAAGUGGAAGGGAAAGAAACGAAAAUUAACAACUUAAAUGCCAAACUUAUCGGCUCGGAAGAACAGAUUAAAUCCUAUGAGGAAAGUGUUAAAGAACUAAAGAAGCUACAGCAAUCCCUUGAAGAUAGUGUUAAAAACAAAAACAAACUUCUAGAGGAGAAAGAUUGCCUACUCGCGCAGCUCCAAGAUCAACUGAAAAACUAUUCAGCAGACAACGAACAACAUACAGCUGAAAUCCAUUCCAAGGAUGCAGAGCUGGAGAAAAAACAACAGGAGUUGGACUCGAAGCAGGAUCAAAUCACCAAACUCGAAUCGGAGAUCAGUGAACUCUCGAAGAAGCUGGCAGAUAUCAUCAAGGAGAAGGAAAGCCGCAGUGUCGAAUAUCUGGCUAGUCUUGAAUUCGAAACAAAAUCGAAAGAGGAUUUGCUCAAUAAACUUGCCAACCAGGAGACUGAACACCUUGCCAAAGACAAACAACUGGAGGAGAGCGAAAUUUUAAUCGGUGCGCUCCAAAAUGAACUAAAAGAACUCAACGUGGCCAAAGCGAAUUUAUCGCGGGAACUGGAGGAAACCAAGAAUAGCUUUGCUGCCAGAGAUGUUGCUCUGAGCAAUGCAAAUGAGGAAAACUUGCGAUUAAGUGAGGAACUUGGAAAAUUGAAAAAGGACUCAGCAGGUGCAAUUUCACUGCUCGAGGAAAGGUUAAAAAAUGCACAAAAAAUACACGAGGAAACUCUGGAACAGCUUAAGAAUACACAAAGAAAGGAAAUGGAAGAUAAAGAUAGCCUAAUCACUCAGAUGGAAGCCUCUUUAGAAAAACUUCAACAGGACAAGGGUGAGCUUCUUGUUCAGUUGGAUCAAUUUAAGAUAUCAGGUAAAAAUUCCAACGAUGAAAUUGCCGGUAAAAUUAAUGAAAUACAGGAGUUGACAAGGCAGGUGGCAGCAUUAAAAGCCGAGUUGGCUUCCAAAUGCGAGAGUUUGGAUAAAACUACACAACUUCUGACGGAUUGCAAUUCCAAAUUGCAAAAUGGCGAGAAGAAGUUCCUGGAUUUACAGGACAUUUUCGGUAAACUGGAGAUCGAACACGCGGAUUUGAAACGCAAAAUGGAAGCUCUGGAACAGAAGAUUGUACAGCUUCAGCAACAGAAGGCCGAUCUGGAGAAGGAGAUUGAUUCGCUUCGGUCUUCUACAUUGGACUCCAAUUCAGAACUUUCCCGGUUAACCGAUGAGUUGAAAUUGAAGCAGAAAGCUCUGGAAGAGCUGCAGGAUACUUUCAAUUCGACAAAAAUCGAAAUGGAAAGAAGAUUGGAUGAGGCUGGCCAAUCGAACGGGGUGUUGAAUGAGCAGAUGGAUCGGUUACGGAACGAGAUGCAACAGAUAUCCAGCCAGAAGAUCGAUCGUGAGAACGAAUUGAAUGUAGAACUUGCGAAGAUUAAGGAAACGGCGGAGGUUGAAAGGGAAAACCUUGUGCGGGAGAUUGCGGGGUUGAAAGCCAGUUUCGAGGAAGAGAGAAAUCGAUUACUACAGCUAGCUGAUGCAAAACUAAUCGAGUUUGAGACUGUGAAAGAGGAAUUGAGCAGUAAGGUAGCUGAACUGGAAGGAUCAAUAAAGCAAUUGCGAUUGGAACUGGAACAAGCGAAAGAACAGGUAUCGGUGAAUCAGAAUGAUUCAACGGAAAGAUUAAAACAGUAUGCGGAAAUUGAAGAAUCUUUGAAAAAACAACUCGAAGAAUCCAAAAAAGAGGAAUCUUCUCUACGCUCUGAACUUGAUGAUCUCCGACAAUCAAUGGAAAAGGGUAGCCAUGAUGUGGCUGCUCAGCUAGAUGAAAAGAAUAUAAAAAUAUCUGAAAUCGAGAAGGAAAUUCGUUCGGUUAGAGAAGAACUUGCCAAGAAGGAAGAGGAAAGUGCUGAAUUCAGUAGAAAGCUGGAGCAGAAUGCCGGUACUCAUUCAGACAUGUUGAAACAGCUUGAGGAUUGUCUGACGCAAAUUCAAGAAUUGUCAAACGAUAAAGCCAAAGCUGAGUCUUCGUCUAGAGAUCUUUGCACAGAACUGAAAUCCCUUAAAGAGAAAUAUCAGGAGAUGGAAGAAGAACAAGUGGAUUUGGUACAUCGCGAAGAGAUUCUUAAGGAAGAAGUUCAACAGUUCAGCGAGCAGCUUGAAGUUUCUGAAAAACAGAACAAACAGUGUAUGCUACAGCUGGAUGAGAAAAACCAGGAAUUGGUAAAGGUUAUUGAUGAGUUAAAUAUUGUAAAAUCAGACCUGCAAAACCAAACAUCGAAUUCAGCGGCAGAAAUUGCGGAAAAAGAACAAAUGAUUGCCGGUUUAUCUUCAAAGGUAGCUGAUCUAUCACCACUGGUAAAGGAGGUGGAAGAUCUUCGCGUCGAACUGAAAUCCAAGGAACAAUUGGUAAAACAACAAUCUGAAGCUACCCAGCAAUAUGCGCUACAACAGGAGGAUGCCAAACAAGCAAUGACUGAUAAGGAAUCUGCUUUGCUGCAAAAGGAAGCUGAACUGACACAACUCCGCGAAGAACUGAUAAAUAAGCAAUCAGAAAAUGAACAACUAACGAGUAAGCUGCAAUUAACGGAGAAGUGUCUAGUCGAAAGAGAUGAGCAGGGAAACAAAACGGCUUCGGAUGUUAGUAACUUGAAAGAAGAGCUAGAGAAGGCUAAACAUACCGUCAAACAGCAGAAUGACAAGCUAAAAGAGCAAAGCAGAACAGUUCACGAACUCGAAACAAAACUGGUAGCGCAUGGUGCUCAGUUCGAAGAGCUUUUGAAUAAGAAAAAAUCUUCCGAAACAGAAAACUCGCACAUGUUACACGAACUCAAUCAAAAACUGUUAGAGAUGGAGAAUGUAAAACAACAGGAAAUAGCAGAAUUACAGAACAGACUAAGCGAAACAAUAAAAAAAUUCGAAGCACAGGUGGCUGAAUCGGUUAAAAGUACAGGCAAUGCGCAAUCCGCAGCGAAAAGGCAACGGGAGUUGGAGUGUGAGAGACAGAAUCUCGAGAUGCGCGAAACGGAAAUGCAAAUGACCCAACGAAUGCUCCAGAAAGAGGUGGAUCUGCUUAAGACCCAGCUAACGAUAAAGGAUAGCGAAAUCCGGAAGCUUUCGCAAGAAUUGACAUCGACCGCCAAGGCUCCCGUGGCUUCGUUCGCUGUGAGCGAUGCUGCGGAUGAGGACACUGGCGCUCAAAUCAACUUCCUGAAUAGUAUUAUUGCCGAUAUGCAACGAAAAAAUGAUAAACUCACACUGCGGAUACAGGCACUCGAGCAGACCAGCAUCGACGGUAACAAUCACAACAUGAGCUUCGAAUUCAGCAAACGGAAACCGGCGCCACGGGUAUUCUGUGACAUUUGCGACGAGUUUGAUCUGCAUGAAACCGAAGACUGUCCGAAGCAGAGUUCCGAUAGUCCACCGGAAUCGCUGAAACAUCCGACGGCCGAUCCGAAGGAACGGAAGUUGCCCCCACCGAGGAAGUACUGCGAAGGAUGCGAAGUGUUCGGCCACGAGCUGGGCGAAUGUCCUGACGACGAGACAUACUAGAGCAACGGAAACUUCUGCUCGAACAAUAAGACAUCGGAAUCCUUGUUUCCAGCCGGUGGGCUGAGAGGUGCAGCAGAAUAUGCGCAUGCUUUUCACCGUUAUUAUCGAACACCCUGUUUUCGUUCGUGUUCAUACUGUAUCGUUGUUUUUUUAUUUGUUGUUUGAACGUUAGACAACUGUUGCUCCGGUUUCCAGGAACGUUUGUAGCGUCUAGCGAAAAAGGAAAAUUCAACGAAUCAUUAUUUAAUUUAUUUUAAUCUGUUUGUGUAAUUUAAGAUCAGAACGGGUUUGUAAAACAGUAUAGAAGCAGAGAUUGCCCAUACACGAAUUAUUUCCACUGUGGCGAAAGUCGUUUGUUAUUCAGUGAUAUUCCGUUAGACAAACCAAUUAGUUCUAUUAGCAGCUUAGAAUCGCUUAGAGCUUAUUUAUUUCACACUGUAGACACUAUUUGAUACACGUUAGAUAGAAUAUUAAAACACCGUCAAAUAAAA